AUGCCUCCAGAGAGGCCGUCAGGGUACACACACAUCUCCGACCCUUGCGUCCAACCUGGUGAUGAAUGGAUGUUGGAGCAGGGUAUGGCUGCCGCAACACUGCCUUUACUCGAUCAGUCCACAUCAGAGCUGUCUGAAGGUGAAGAGAGCGAUGUGACCGAAAUGACGGAGCCUGAGAAGAAGUUCGAGUUCAAGGAUGAUCCAAAUGUUGUAUUUGCGGAGGAGAAGGAGGGCUGGAAGGGAUACAUCGAAUGGGAGAACUACCCGGAGAAGAAAGAGAUCGCGCACAAGAUCUUGGAAUCUCAAGAGUUCCCUCCACCACCGGAGUUUCAGCUGGCGGCUAUUCCGAACACCAACCCCGUACUCGAAGGCAUUCGUUGGAAACUGUGGCAUCGCGCCAUCGGCGGCCCCCUCCAAAACGUCCCCGAAGAGUCCUGGGCGGACGUCAAGGCCGAGAAGCACGCCGACAUGCUCCAUCUCCUCGAAUUUCCGUACAAUGGCGAGCCACCCAAACGACUUGUCGCUGCCAAGCCAAUCACGCCCAAUCCACUGCACUUCGUGCGCAACCACGGCGGCAUCCCCCAUAUCGACCCCAAAAAGUGGACGCUAGAGCUUGGUGGACUGGUCAAGACUCCCAAAGUGCUCACGCUCGCAGACCUGCAAAAUGAAGAACUCUUCCCGCGAAUGGAACGCCUCGUCACCAUUCAGUGCUCCGGCACACGACGUAUCGAGCAAAUCGUAAGCUACGCGGGCGAGGGUGACGAGAUGAUCAACGCACCGUGGGCAGAAGGUGCCAUCGGCACGGCAAGAUACGUUGGAGUCAGCCUCAAGAAGGUCAUUAAGCACUGCGGCGGCCUUGUUGAUGACGGCAAACACCUCGAGCUGAUCGGUGCGGAGACGUACUUCAAGCAGAACCAGGUGAUGAAUUACGCGGUCAGCGUUCCCUGGAGCAAGGUCAAGAUCAACGAGGUGAUGCUGGCAUGGCAGAUGAAUGGCGAACCUCUGCCGAGGAUUCACGGAUUUCCUGUGCGGGCAGUCGUGAUGGGGUACAUUGGGGCAAGAAGCGUCAAGUGGCUGUACCGAAUCAAUGCGCUGAAGACUCCGACAAGCGCCCCGGUGCAGAGUCGCGAGUACUUGUACUUUAAUCAGCAAGUGGGAAAGCACAACCAGCGGUGGACGGAUGGAAUCCAGAUCCAGGAAAUGCCGGUGAGUAGUGCGAUCGUGAGCCCGAUCAACAAACAGGUGGUGGUACAUUCGGGGCAUAUCAAGGUGAAUGGAUGGGCGUAUAGUGGUGGAGGCCAUUGGCCGGAGAGGGUGGAGGUGAGUCGCGAUGGUGGAUACAAUUGGUACGAAGUACCUCAAGAGAAUCUGAGUGAGAAGCACAAGUUUGCGUGGCGGACUUGGUGGAUCAGCUUGCCGGUGGAUGCGGAGGGUUGGCUUGAGUUGGUGGUGCGCUGUUGGGACAACAGUCUGAACACGCAGCCGACCGAAGUGAGGAAUACAUGGAAUUGGGGCUUGCAUGUUACGAGCAGUUGUCAUCGAGUCAAGAUCUACAGUGUGAACAAGUCCAGAGAGCAGACCCGCAAGCGGCUCAAAGAGUUCGAGAAGAGAGGUCAGAACUUCACGCCGUUGACUAGACCGACCGAAUUCCCGUACCAGACGUGGGACAGCUACGAAGAGCAUUUCAAGAAGUUUGGGCCGAGGGAUGUCGAUGAAUGA